UUCCUCUGCCUUUGAUAUAUGAUAUGAUCACAGGCAUCGCACGCUCUUAGUUAGACCAAGGACGAGGAGACGCACGCGGGACCUCCGGCGCAGCACGCGCGCAACAUGGCCGCGAAAGACAGCGCACCGGCGAGCUUUCUGAGCGUGAGCCGGGAGAUGACAGACAGCAUCAAGAGAGUGAUUGACAAACCGUCCAUCAAGUUUGCACAAGCCAUCAAAGUGGAAAGCAAGAAUGGGAAAUCAGAAGACAGGGUUUUGGUGUUGGCGACAUGGCGGCUUUACCUCAUGGCUCCAAAAUUACCAACCAAGGUGGAGCAAACGUUUAACUACCUGGAGAUUCGUUCUAUAAGCCCUCAUCCAGAGAACCAGGUCGUCAUAGAGACAGACAAAUCCACCUACGUCUUCAGGCUACAGUCGAGUGACCACAUGGAUCAGCUGCUCAGCCACAUCAACUUCACUCUCUUGCGCAUCUUCAACAGCUCCAUCUGCGUUCCCUCUAUCUUUCAAGCAGAUGGUGAGGUUUCUGAUGGGGGACAGAAAUAUUCUCCAAGCUCUGAAACAUCAGUGGAGGCUCAGAGAGCUUGUGGUGGCUUCUCGGAGACCUACGCUGCGCUGUGUGACUACAACGGCAUUAGCUGCAAAGAGGAAGUGCAGUGGGAUGUGGACACUAUAUAUCACUCCCAGGACAAUAGGGAGCUUAAUCUGUUGGACUUCGCUCACCUAGAGAGCAGAGACCUUGCAGUCAUCGUGGCGUCGAUGGCGUACAAUACAUGGUUCACCAAGCUCUACUGCAAAGACAUGCGCUUAAGCUCAGAGGUAGUGGAGCAGGUCCUCCACACUGUCAGUAAGUCCAGCAGUCUGGAAGAACUCACUCUGGAGAACGUCGGCCUUAAAGCAGAUUUCCCUCAGAAAAUGGCUGCCGCUCUGUCAGAAAACCCGGCAUCUGUGCUCCACUCCCUCAACCUGUCCCACAACACGUUCGACAGUCAAGGAGUGUCAAAUCUCAUCCAGCAGGUGUGUCAGCUCAGCAAAGGGCUCCGUCUGCUCAACCUCUCUAAGACCUCAUUCUCUUCUAAAGGUGUGAGUUCUCUGUCUCAGGCGCUGUGUUCAAGUGAUGACUACUCCAACUCUCUUCUGCACCUCGACCUGAGCAAGAACCCGGGCAUUCUUUCUGGGGAGGAUGCUAUGAAUCUGUACCUGUUCUUGGCUCAGCCCAACUGCUUGGUGCAUUUGGAUCUCUCAGGCACAGACUGUGCAGUGGAAUCAUUGUUUGGCGCUUUACUCCGAGGCUGCUGUGCCGAUCUCUCCUACCUGAAUCUCUCAAAGAACUCCUUCUCUCAGAGGAAACUGAAAGACAUGCUGCCCACCUUCCGUCAGUUCUUUACCUCCGCAUUCAGCCUCAGCCAUCUCAGCAUGGCCUCGAUGAAGAUGCCCGCAGACGUGCUCAGGGCUCUGUUUCUGGGACUGUCCUCCAACCCUCACAUCUCUGACCUGCACCUGGACAUCAGUGGUUGCGAGCUCAGGUCAGCAGGAGCAGCAGUGAUAAAGGACUUGUUUCCCCAAGUCUCCUCCAUCAGUACCCUGGACAUCUCAGAUAACGGUUUGGAUGCUGAUCUUUACUCGGUCAUCCCAGCCUUCUCUCGCCACCCCUCCCUCAAGCAUCUGCUGCUGGGCAAGAAUUUCAAUGUCAAGGGCAGGUUCCUGGAUGACAUCCUACAAAAACUUGUGCAGUUAGUGCAAGAAGAAGAGUGUGGUUUGCAGAGUCUGUCCCUAGCCGACUCCAGACUGCGAUCCAGAGGAACGGUGCUAGUGAAUGCACUCGGCAGCAACACGUGUCUCAGGAAAGUGGAUUUGAGCGGCAAUGGUCUGGAGGACACGGGGGCCAGGAUGCUGAGCAAAGCCCUGCAGAUCAACACCACUCUCAGGAGUGUGACAUGGGAUCGGAACAAUACCACAGCGGCUGGGUUUCAGGAUGUAGCACGCUCUUUGGAGCAUAAUUUCACUCUGCAGUGCAUGCCUGUACCACUGAGCGAUGUUACACAGGCGUACCGCAGUUCCCCUGAGAGGACGGAACAGGCAAUGACAAAGAUCCAGCGGGCAUUGUUAAGAAACAACCAGACUCAGCGCUUUUCUCAGAAACAGGCUCUCAGACUGCAUCAGGGUCUGGUGACUAGCACUGCUGAGCAGGUGAUGGAGCGCCUGUGUGUGCGCGUUCAGCAGCAGGUAUGUGUAUUAAGAGCAGCAGGUGAGGGAGAGGAGCUCCAGGCUGCUAGACAAGUUCUGAAGGAGGCCAGGAACUCUCGAGCUCUGUACCCUUCUCUGUGUGAGCUGGCUCAUGUGCUCUCCGUAGAUGGGCCAGUUAGACAGAAACUGGAGUCUCUCACUGGAGAACUGGCUAAAGCAGCCGAUAAAGAGCUACAAGUGAUUGUGGAUUCUAUGGUAUCUCUGUGUCGGGAACUGUGUCCCCUCUCCUCGGCUACAGCAGAGCAUCUUUCUCCUCCUCUCUCUUCUAUCUCGGAGCGUGUGUCCAUCCCCCGUUCUGCCAUCCGCACUGCGCUGAUGGAGAGAGCGGCCCAGGAUCUCAACCAAGCUCUAGAAGAAGUAAAGAUGUCUGUGGUUUCCUAUCUCACCAACUCAGUAGUGGACCAGAUCCUUCAAGAGCUCUAUGCCACUCACAAGACACUGCUUCAGCAGGUGGCUCGAGUGAGGCGACCGGACGACAGUGCCAUGAUCCGACACACACUCCGGAAUGCUGACGCUACGGACAGCCCUGAGGACGAUUUCAGUAUCAGCAUUGAUACAAUAGCCAUAAAGAAGUGCAGCUCUAGGACACGACGCAUCCGGCCCGUCUCCGCCAGACUGAGUGUAGGUGAUGAUCCCAACUUUUCUCCUUCACCUUCAGCACCUCGUUCAUCUGCUCCGCUCUCUCACGUAGCCUCUUGGGACAAUUUGUCCAGCUUGCCUACCCAAGGUGCACCUCUGCGCCACAUAACCCACAUCAGACCCCGCCCACCGAGAAGGCAUAGGCCCGGACACACCUCUCUAGAUAUGCAUUCAUCUGAGAAUGGUGGAGUGAACCUGUUGGAUGAUGGACUUCCUGACUUCUACACCAAGAGGGUCUUACCAGACAGUCAGUUGACCUCUCAUCAUGUCCAGUCUCUGAAGCGGAAGAAGAGGCGCAACGUGCUGUCCAUCUUUUCAGGAUUCAGGAAGAACCGUUACUCUGCGUCAUAUCAAGAGCCGGAGCCCGAGCCGGAGCCUGCGAUCCAGGGGGAAGUGUGUGGGGAUGAAUGUCGCACCGACGCUGGUACGGAGAACCUGUACUCUGUGAUUCAUCACCCUAAGGAUUUCCGGAGGAAGGAGACAUCGCGAGAGGAAGCUAAUGGAGACCCUGGAGAUCAAAAACCUCCUCAGAUCUCAGGCCGAACGUUUCACAGCAUACCGCUGCUGGGGAUGAGGGCAGUGAGCCCGUCCUGCGUCGCACAGAGACACUCACCUGAAUACAGCGACGUGUUCGUCUCCUCGGACGUCACCGUCCCCGCAGACGGAGACAAUAAAGGACAGAAAGCUCCUAAAGACAGUCAAGACGAGCCACGUGUCCAGGGUUCAAACUCAUCCUCUGCUCAGCUGGAGGAGGGAGUGAGGGUGGAGCCGCAGCAGAAACCCAAGCCUCCUCCUCAGAGCAGCAAGCCGAGACUGGGGAACAUGAAACAGCACCAUCUGGAGGAGAACUCUAGUAAUGCAGGAGAGAAUGCUGAAAAGGAUGCUGAAGGAGAGAAAGAUGUGGUUGAUGAAAAAGAGGACAUCCGAAGUCAGGAAGAGCAAAAGCAAAAAGCAGAAGGACAAACUCCUCCCAUCUCGGAAAAGCUAGAUACUGCGAAAUCACCUGCGAAAUCUACUGCCAAGAAUCAGGUACAGCCUCCUGCACCACCUGUCGUUGCCAAGCCUGCAUCCCGAUUGGUAGAUUCUCCCGUCACUCAAGGUGCGGCAGAAGACUGUUCCUCAAGUGGAGUGGCCACGAAGCCUCACAGGAACCGAAAGGCCCACUCUUGCGAGGCAGGCUUUAAUUCAGGCAUGGAGGAAGGCAGCCCCGGCGAUGUGGAGAGGUCCUCAGAUCCUAAACCCCCGGUGAAAAAGCCACGACUUCCCCCAAGAAGAAACAGAUCUUUUGAUACUGCUGGUCAACAAAGUCCAGAGCCAAGCAACGGUGAAGCCUCGUGAUCAAACAGUUUUUUUUUUUUUUUUUUUUAUUUUCAGGCAGAUGUACAAACGAGUUACAGAGAAGAUGGAUGGGGGUCAAACAAGAGAGUGAUAAUGAUGAGUUGUGUGGAAUGAUCUUAUGCUUGAAUGAAAUUGCAUUCCCAGCUGUCUGUCAAUCAUGUUUCCACAAACACACACACACACACACACACUGCUUGACUGGUGUCUUUCAUAUCCUUUUAAAUUAUUCACUCUCUUGUUUUGCAUCAUACAUUCCAUUUCAGGUGUUUCUUACUUCUGUCUGCUGUUCAUCUCUCUCUCUCUCUCUCUCUCUCUCCUUCUGUUUUUUCACUCAUUCUCUAUUUCUCCUAUUUGCUUUCAUUAAAGUUUAAUCAUUAAGCAGUAUUGCUGUACCUCCUUUAAAAGGUACAAUGAACAAUAUUUCUCUCUUUACACCUCAUAAGCUGUGUAUGGUGUUAUUUACCUGACUGGUUUCUAUUCUGUGCCAGCUAGAAAAGCAAUCACGCUGGGGGGAAAAUGUUUGGGGAAAAAAAGGGUCACAGUGCGUUGCAGUCGUACCACACUGAAAUGCAAUCACUGUCCAAUCACAGCCCUUGACAAAUCAUUGAUAAAUAAAAACUAGAAAGGGCGUUUCUUUAUACGGACGACAAAAAAAUGUAAAAUGAUGCAUAUAGGACCGCUCUGAUUCCAAGCACAUCCUGAGUAGGGCUGUGAUUGGACAGUGAUUGCAUUUCAGCGUGACACAACUGCAACACAGUGAUGAAAGUGAAAUGCAAUGCAGCAGGGAAUUGCUUUCAAAUCAGCGUUCUUAAAAAAAAAAAAAAAAAGCAAUACUCUGAUUAUUUUUUAAUCAAGAGAUCAAGGAAUGCAAGAUGCAGUGCAGUGCAGGUUUUACUUUUCAGUGUGGCAUGUUUGUUUUUUGUGAUUGCGUUUCUACAUGGCACUGAAUCAUUUCCAUAGACCUCUAAAGAACCUGCAGGAUGUCACUGUGUAGCAUCUCCAUAGCGACUAUGAGUAAGCUGAAUUUGCACUGAACAUUGAUUCAAAAAUCUUUUCAUUACAUCUUUAGGCUUGCUGUUUUUUUUUUUUUUAACGUCAUUUCCGUUUCUUGUUCUGAUCAGGUUGUUCUUAUCCAGAUCAACAACACAGAUGUCAUUCACAUGUAUUUUAUGCUGUUCCGUACAGAGCAGAAAUUUGCUGUAUUUAAAUGAGCUCUAUUUUUUACUGGUGUUGUGAAUGUGACAAAGUCAAUAAAAAGGAGACUCUGAA